AUGUUAUAUUUAAUAGUAAUAUUGAGCAUAGUUAUAUGUUCAGCUUAAUUUGGAUCUGAAUAUUAUUCCGAAUGGUAAUCAGGGAUAGAUCGUACAAUAAAUAAACAAUCUGAAUUUACAAAUCCUUCAUUUCCAAUAAGGUAAUACACUUAAAUAGUGUUUCCGAGAAGAUUUAGUGCGUAUAAGAUAAAAUCAUAGUAGUCGACCAUAGGUUUUGUUGAUGCAUGAAGAGAUUUAAUGGGGCAAAGGGAAAAAUAUAAAUUACUAAACAUACGUUUCUGAUAUCACAAUAAAUGGAUUUUAUAUAAACUAUGUAAUAUGGGGACCUGCCAUUAUACCAAUAUUAAGUGUUAGAUGGAUAGCAAUAGUUGAUUAAGAAGCCGAAAUUUAAUAUGUGCAAUAUACAUAUGAAGAUUUAUAUAAGCUUAGAUAAGGUUUUGGUUAAAGAUCAUAAGAUUUUAUGAUUUCAUAUUAUCCAAAAUACCCAGCCCCAAAAGUGACAGCAUUUAUAGUUGGUGCCGAUUUAGAAAUAGUAGAGUCUUUAUAUACAAGUAUUUAAAUGGUGAUGGGAAUACCAGAUUCUUCUAGUAUGGAUAUUAGAUUUUCAACAAGAGAUUUCUGUCAUGUAAGAUCUUUAACAAUUGCAUAUUUUAUUUCAAAUAAUUAUUUAACUUUAGCAGGAUCUGUAGGUGCUUAUCAUAAUUAUUUUAAUUAAUACCUUGAUAAUUCAAAUAGAUUGGCAAUAAGAGCUUAAAAAUUUACAAGAAUUGUACCAUCUAUCUAUACUUUAGAACCAGGAAACAAUAUUUUAGCAUAAGGUAUAAGUGGAUUUGAUGUCAAUGUUUAAAGUGGUUCAGCUUAUCUUAGAGUAACAUGUGAACCUAUGAUUUCUUAUUCUUCAACUUACACAUUAAUAUAUGGAACUAGUAUAAAUAAUAUUAAUAAAAGGGGGUGAAACACUCAUAUCUUAUAUGUAGGCUAGUUAUAUUUUACAUCCUCCUGGAUCUCCAUAUCAUUAUUAUUAUAAAAACUAUGAUUGGAUUAUUCUCAAAGGAGAUUAAGUUGUCUUAAAAGAAACAAUUUAAGAAGAAAAAAAAAUUAGUGAAUUCAAUAUUUAAUGA